AUGAAUAAAUGGAAGACACUAAAUUAUUUCUCCUGUUCCUCAUUCUUCGUCAAGCGGGAAAUUUUCUCAUUUGCCUUAUUGCAAUAAAACUCUGUGUUUUCACCUUACCGUACAAUUUGCCAUGGAAUCUACUAGCAGACCAAGUCUAUUGAUACUUCAUGGUGCCUUCCAUAUUCCAGAAAGUUAUAUUAAAUUCACCAAAGCCCUUCGCACUGCUGGCUUUGAAGUACACUUACCACGUCUCCCUUCCAUGAACGGAAGUCGGCCUCCGAAUGCUGAUCUAACCACUGAUUCGGAACUCGUCCGCUCUUACGCCACUAGCCUCGUCGAAGCUGGCCGGGAUAUAGCGGUUCUAAUGCACAGCUAUGGAGGCCAGGUGGGCACUAACUCGUUGUACGGGCUCAGCAAAACCGCCCGCUCCGCUAAAGGACUUCCCGGUGGCAUCUCGCAUCUUAUCUACAUGUCAGCAUUUGCCUUGCCCGAGGGCAAGAGCAUGAUCAAUAAAGUCGAGGAAUUCGGACACUUAGAUCUCAUACCCGUCUCUUUUGGCAUCGAUUCAGACCAGAGCUGUGUAACGAACUACCCGAGGGAGGGCCUAGUAGACGGGCCUUCUGACCAGGUCGACCCGGAGGAAAUCAAGGGAUUUAUUGAGACUAUCGGUCGUUGGAAUGGGAAGUCCAUGUAUAUGCCCAUCCAUAACACUCCCGCGUGGCGCGACGAGGUCAAGGUUUACUACAUGUACACGCUCAAUGAUAUCAGCCUUCCUAUCGAGUACCAGAGGAGUAUGGUACAAUUUAUAGAGAAUGAGGGCAAGACGGUCGAAACAGUGGAGUUUGAAUCAAACCACGCUCUCACUUUACUAGUGACGGAAAGGGUUGUUGAUACUGUUGUUAAGUUUACAUUGCAGUAAGGGUCAAGGAUGUGUUUACGCUAUUAUUGUAAUUGUUCCUCAUUGUUGAAAUUAAACGCAGGUUAUGAGGUAUGUAUGUGUUGUAUUAUUAUGCUAUUUAUUAGAAAGGCUAGAUAGGCAUAUUUAUUAUAUAUAAGCCACAGGUGUAAGACGUAUUAUUAACUAUUUAAU